GGAGCAAGCUAUAAUAUACUGCAAAAGAAACUUCUCGGAAAUCCGUCCACUUCAGCAGAGGAAUCAUCCGAUGGAUGCGGAGCAACAGGCACUGGUGUUCGACAACGGGUCGUUCAUGAUCAAAGUCGGUUUCGCGGGCAGCAACGAACCGCUAUUGGUUCCGCCCGUCGUAAGUCUUUCGUACUUCAGCCAAACAGCAGGAGAAGAGGCCGUUCGCAAAACCCCUUAUUACCUGAAGUACACCAUUGAGGAAGUGGAGAUAUCAAAGACGGUGAAGAUGUGAAAAAGGUGUGGGACCACAUCUUCAAAAAGAUGGACGUUCCCUCUGAAGGGUGCCCUGUUCUGCUCACAGAGAAUCCGUUCAACUCCCUCGGUAACCGCGAGAAGACGACCGAAAUCAUGUUUGAACAUUUCAGCACUCCGUCGCUAUUCAUGGCCAACGAGGCUGUCUUGUCUCUCCACGCGGCGGGUCAAACCACUGGUGUCGUACUCAGCUGUGGUGACAGUCUCUCCCACAUUGUGGCCAUCCAGGAGGGAAAGCCCCUUCCCCACGCUAGCCUCCGUCUGGGCUACGCCGGCUCGCAACUCACCAAGUUCCUGAUGAGCAUGCUCAACAGGAUCGGACACAAGUUCAGCAUUGCCCAACGAAAAGAUGUGCGUGAGAUCAAGGAGAAGCUGUGCUACGUGGCCCUGGAUUUCCAGCAGGCAGCUGCCUCAGAAUCCAACCAGGGGGAGACCUACGAGCUUCCAGAUGGUAGUCUAAUUACCAUCGAUGAUGAGCAGUUCAGGUGCCCCUGA